UUCUUUACAGCAAACAAACGCCUCUUUCUCUCUCUCUCUCUAUCUCUUUGAACACUUUUUCUUUCUUUUCAUCACCAUUUCUCUUCAAUUUCUCUCUACUGGUACUGGACUCUGGACUCACCUCAUUGUCAUCUUCCAGAGAGAGAAAGAACUUAAAGAGAUCUUCCAAGUUUUGUCUUUUGAGGAAAUCCGGUCAACUGCACGUGUGAUUUUGGACGUCUUUAUACUUUCUGGAAGGAUAACAAUAAAAAUAUCAAACAAUGUCUGGAUCAGCGAAAGCUCUGGAACCUGCAUUUCAAGGGGCGGGGCAGAGAAUAGGGACCGAAAUAUGGAGAAUUGAGAACUUCCAGCCUGUGGCUUUACCAAAAUCUGACUAUGGAAAAUUCUACUCAGGCGAUUCAUACAUUGUCUUGCAGACAACUGCUGGAAAGGGAGGUGCUUAUCUAUAUGAUGCUCAUUUCUGGCUUGGAAAAGAUACAAGCCAGGAUGAAGCUGGAACUGCAGCUAUUAAAACUGUUGAACUUGAUGCCAUUCUUGGUGGCCGAGCUGUGCAACACAGGGAGCUCCAAGGCUUUGAAUCUGAAAAGUUUUUGUCUUACUUCAAGCCAUGCAUUGUACCCCUGGAAGGUGGUGUUGCAUCUGGUUUUAAGAAGCCAGAGGAGGAAGAGUUUGAAAUACGAUUAUAUAUUUGUAAAGGGAAGCGAAAUGUUAGGUUGAAGCAGGUCCCCUUCUCCCGUUCUUCACUAAAUCAUGACGAUGUGUUUAUCCUUGAUACCAAAGAGAAGAUUUUUCAAUUCAAUGGUGCCAACUCCAGCAUC